AUGGAAAGUCCUUGUCUCCUGUGGCUCGCUGGUCAAGAACAACCAGGAGAGGAAGCUUGGAUUUCAAUCGAAGAUCCUGCUAAGGGGGAACACUUUGCUCAAUGCCACGCAGCCUCGGUCAAAGAUGUCGACACCGCUGUUAAAGCUGCUCAUUCAGCAUACAAGUCUGGCAUCUGGUCCCGCGCAAGCCGGCAUGAGCGCGCAGAUGUUCUUGAGAAAUGUUCCGCACUACUCUCCGAAUCCCUACCAGAACUCGUCGCGCUUGAAGUAAAGCAGACAGGUCGCGCAAUUCGUGAGAUGAAUGCGCAAGUUCCAUCCCUCGUCAAAUGGUUCAAAUAUUAUGCUUCUCUCCUUCGUGUCGAGGAGCGAUCGGUUCUUCCAACAACCGGGAAAUUGCACAACUUUGUCGAUCGCGUGCCGUUGGGCGUGGUCGUUCAGAUUACCCCAUUCAAUCAUCCUCUUCUGAUUGCAGUCAAGAAGCUGGUCCCAGCCCUUGCGGCUGGAAACAGCGUUGUUCUCAAGCCUAGUGAAUUGACUCCCCUAACAUCACUACUUCUGGCAAAGAUCCUUCAUCGCGCGGGCAUACCGGCCGGCGUGCUGAGUGUCCUACCUGGCUAUGGUGUGACUACCGGGAAAGCUCUGGUUUCACACCCCCUAGUACGGAAGGUCGAUAUUACUGGAGGUACUGCAGCUGGGAAGGCCAUUGGGUCUAUCGUUGGUGGCAAUUUGUCCAAGUACACAGCAGAGUUGGGUGGCAAGGCGCCCUUGAUAGUGUUUGAACAGGCCCAGAUUGACACUGCUGUGAAUGGCAUUGCUUUUGGAAGCUAUAUGGCCAGCGGCCAGACGUGCAUUGCCAGCACUAGGAUCAUUGUGGCCAAUCAGAUUAUGGAUCAGGUGGUCCAAAAGCUCAAAGUCAAAGUUGAGGGCAUUACAAGGCGCAUGGGAGCUCCUACUAAUUCUGAAUCAAUGAUGGGGCCGCUGAUAUCCAAGAGGCAACUGGAGAAUGUUGAACGGCUAGUGAAUGCGUCUUUGGCAGAGUCUGCGGUCGCCAUCGUGGGAGCUAAGCGUAUGAGCGGUCAGAGUCCACUAGAUGAGUUUGAUUUUUCAAAGGGAUAUUUCUAUGAACCAACUAUUCUUGCAUCUUCACCCGGAAAUAACAUCGUCACUUCCCCAAUAUGGCGCCAAGAAGCAUUUGGACCAGUGAUUGUUGUUGUGGGAUUUGAUACCGAAGACGAAGCGGUUGCACUAGCAAAUGACACCGAGUUCGGCCUUGGUGCGGGGAUUUGGACAGAAGACCUCUCGCAGGCAUUCAGAGUCUCGGAACGAAUUGAGGCAGGUAUUGUGUGGGUGAAUACUCAUCAUCGCAAUGAUCCCAGUAGUCCCUGGGGAGGUGUCAAGGCGGCAAGUGGAGUCGGGAGUGAGAAUGGCAUGGACGCUUAUCAUGCUUACUCUAUGACCAGAAGCACCAUUGUCAAUUUCGCGACGACAGAAGAAAGAUUAGCUCAUGAUGACUGGUUUGCGGAAGGAUCCAAGGACGUCAGAUACGGAUAA